AUGUCCGUUUCCGCCAAAAAGCUGUUCGGCUCUCCCUCAGAAGUUGAGCUAGACUCGCUAUCUAGCUCACCGACCCUACGAACGACCUGGCUGUCCGACAAAUUCGUGAAGUCUUCUUCAGGUUCUACCUCAAUCAAGAUCGCCUUAAUUGACGCGUGGCGCGAUAUAAGCUCUCUCGAACGAGUCGAUUCGUCUCGCUGUUGUCGUGUUGGCUGGCAGUUUCUGGCUAUCAUCUGGAUCUCGUUUUUAUUAACUUUGUUGGCAUUUCUUCCGAUUGGGCCGGCAAGUAGGAACGCUACUCCUUGCCGGCCGGACGGAGAUUUUCAAAUGGAUGCAAAUGAAAUCUUUUAUGGAGAUUUCUACUACAGUAUUGACUGGUGGGCGGCUGAAAGCUUCUUUCAAGUCACCCUCAGCUGGGGCAAGCUCACCUUUACGUCUGCUAAACUCAUCGAUGUGGUGUGGGACUUGGUCGUUGGUAGGGGAGGUCAGUUUAUCAUGUCUUUCGUGACCUGGCAGGUAUUUACCCAAUACCUGGAGGUAUCUAUUGCAAGCAAGCCGGCUACUUACGCCACGGUUUGGCUUGUAAGGUUUCGCCAAGAUACAUCUGUUCUAUCUAUGAUCCGUCUGAUCGCCCAAUUCUUUCGACAGGGACUUGCAUCGAAAGCUGCAAUGUCUGUCAUGAUCAUGACUUUGUCAUUACUUCUCGCAUUUCCCACUAUUGCAGGCUCAAUGACUGGAUAUACUACUUUUAACGAUCCUUACAUGACCUCUAGCAGUGGAAAGCUAUUUCCCUUCGCCAAAGUACGUCCAGUAGCCUACAUCAUACACGACGGAAAGAGGACUUCGGAAUUUGACGAUGGCCACAUUGUAUAUUGGAUAGGAGGAGGUUCUUCUGGAAAUAUCUAUCCCGGAUCGAGGAUGUUUGAACAAUGCUUCAAGGAACGAAAAGCAUUCAAAGAUGAAUGCCAGCUACAAGGGGAUGUGUCGCAGUACGUUCAGCAGUAUGGCUUCAACGGCUCUAGUAACAACACAAGUGAGACCCAUAACAAGACGACGACGUUCCGUGGACAGACCAUAGAUUGGCCACCCCUCAACAUCUCUGCAUACGAUCUUCCAAAUCCUUUCUAUUGGGGCUGGACGGACAAAGAAGAGGGAUAUUACGACAACGGUCCAUUCAGAGGUGGUCCCGAGACGCUAUAUCUCGUUGACAGCGACUUGUACACCCCAUCUCAACUAGAACAUAAUGGCGUUUGUCAACCGACAACGGGAGAGGACUCAGGACAACUGUAUCAAUGGGGUUUCUCGUUUUUACAGCUGUACACUGUAGUAAUUCUACUCCUACUAUGGUCCCUGGCUCUCAUGAUCCUGUGGAAGAAAACGCAUGAAACACUGAAAUUGAACAGUCGUGAAACUGCAUCUCGCCAAUGGAAAGGCCUUCUGGAGCUGACCGAUACCAUCCGAUGCCAACUGAAACAGGCUGACAUAGACAUCGACAAUCUUUCAGACAAUCAGCUCGAGAACGAAAUUCAAACGGUCUUGAACGGCGGGUCUGUGUCUUCAGAGUACCUUUCUGUAAAGUCAUUCAGUUUCUGGCGCUGGCUGGGAACGAAGAAGUGGUGGAUUGUUCGAGUCUUCUUCAUCGCGGGACUACUCGUAGAAGAGCACAUGAUCAGGCCUAUAGGACCCCGCGACAACGAAGAAUGGUUGAGCUACUUCCAAAUACUGAUAUUCCCGCCAUUGUAUGCGACGAUGUGCUUGAUAGUGGCUCUUACGUUUGGCAACAGUUUGAAGCAGAAGGUGGUUCUAUUCACAGUGGGAUGUGUAGUUUGCAUUCCUUUCUUCUUCUAUAGUUACGUCCAUCGGGACGCACUUCUACCUGGAAUUGCUUUUGGAUUAUGUUUGGCGUUGGCACUGGGGUCUACAAAUGGAAGUCGGUGGGUUUUAUUUGGUGUGCCUUUUACUUGUAACUAUAUUGUUGUUUUCUUUUCGUUCUUUGCUGGAUUCCAUCUUCCGAAAGCUGUUGGCGGCUCUAGCUCUUCCUUUGCCUGA